UUCUCUUUGUAUCAUCAAAAUUUAUUUUUUGCUCAGCUGUCCGUACAUCAUGCACAACGUAAAGAGCUUUCUCUUCACCGUUACAAUGGGCGGCUGCCUCGGCCUGGUCGUUUCCCAGUUCGGCUUCCCAGGACUCGGUCUCGGUUCUGGCCUGGGUGCCGGUCUGGGCGGCUUCGGCGCCGGCGGUAUGGGGAACCUCGCCACGCUGGGAUUGGCUCCGUUGUCCAACCAGUUCGGAAUGGGCGGCAUCAACCCUAUGGCCAACAUCGGCUCCAACGCCGGUUGGGGUCAACCCGUCGCUGUCCAGCCCAUGGCCCAGCAUCAGGGAUGGGGCGCCCCCGUCGUCCAGCCCCAGCUGCAGCCCGUUCAGCUCUACACACCGCAGACCCAGGUCAACCUCCGUCCCGUGCAGUUGAUGGUCCCCAGAACAAGCAUCUGCAAUAUCAUUUCACAAUUAGAUUAA